CAGAGGACGGAGGCAGCAGGAGAGGAAGCGAUUGGGCGUUUCCACUUUUCUGCUCAGUUUCACUUUUCCUCAGCUCCAGCCUCGGAUACUUGGACUCCGUUUAAGAUCCAAAAGGCACCGCGGAAAUAAUAACAACCCACUUGGAGACCGUUUUGGGUUUGGGCAGCAGUUUGGGUCCUGGCUCCUCUGCUCCAGGCCCAAGAGGAAGGAGGAGGAGGAGAAGGAGGGCUCCCGCCGCCAUGCCAGAGACAAUCCCCGAGACCCUUCUUCUCGUUCUGCGGGAGCUGGAGGAGAAUGAGCUGCGCCAGUUCAAGAGGGAGCUGGAGAAGUUGCUCUUCUUCAGAGAGGCCGACUCCGACCCGCCCAGGAUGAGCCAGGACCCCGAGGAUCCCGAGGAGGUCCUGGAGCUCCUGCUCCUCUACCACCGAGAGCGAUUCCAGGUCCUGGAGGUGACCUUCCAGCUGCUCAGGGCCAUCCACCGCCCGGACCUGGCCCCCAGGCUGUACACUCCUUCCGACACCAGGAGCGGAAUUGCCAGCCUCCGGGAUGAAGAUGAAGAUGAAGAUGACCGGCAAAUAACAGAACAAAGCAUCACUUUGAUCCUCCCUAAACCUCCGAGACGAGAUCUCUCAGGUGCUAUAGCAGAGUCGUACAACUUGGAAGUAGAGGAAAAGAAGAACCCAGAAGAAUUUGAGAUAUUAUUUAGUUGCCCUCGGUGUCCAAGAGAGGAUCAUGCAAUAAACAUCAGACCUGAAACUAUUUUGGAUCCAGAAAGGGGCUACAAUAUUUACAGACUGAAAUGCACUAAGAGAGGCUCCUUCCAUUGCUGCAUUACUGAUUUCAUAUUUGAUGUGAGAGCACCUGUCACCCUCACCUAUCAUUUUGAUUCAUGGACAAAGCAUCUGAAUGCAGAGCAAAGAAAACACUGGCUCAUUGUUGGCCCUUUGCUUGAUAUUCAGGCAGAUCCAGAAGAAGCUAUAAAAGCAAUUCAUAUUCCUCACUUCCUGUGUCUUCAAGGUAACGUCCACUCUAAAAUCCGUAUUGCACACUUUAUGAAAGACGGGAUGAGCUUGGAGAGGCCAGACAGAGUGGAAUCAUUUCAUGUGAAGUUGAAAAACCCCACUUUCUCUUCCCGUGGAGCUGUUCUCAAGAAGCAGUGGUUUAAAAGGAAGAUAAAGGCCCAUGCAGUGGCCCUGCUGUAUCAAGACCUUCGAGUCCCAAUCCUGAAAUUCCACCUCUACCUCCUUCCCAAUGACUCUUCCCUUAAAAAGGCUGUCCAUGAGCAUGAACUGAAUUAUGAUUCACAGAGAGUUCGAAAACCCCCUGCGACCAUGAAGGCUCUGACUAUUGGUUCCCACUUCUUUCUGGAAAAGAUUGUUGGUGUAGCUAUCCAUCCAGAGAAACUAGAGUUUAAAUACCUGUCUGCAGACAUGGAGCAUCAAUACCUUGAACUAUUUGCAGAUCACAUGGAGGAUGCACUACGGCUUUCCCUGGUUGAGAAGAAAAAAAAUGAAUUAGUUUGGACAGCCUACAUAAGAAGAGAGGAUUUGCAUCCUGUAAAAGAUCAGAAACAAAAUGCAGGCCAGUCUACUGAUGGCCCAGUGGAGAAGAACGAAUUCUGUACAACUGCUGCUGUCAGCAGGCAGACCCACACACCACUCACAGCUGAUGCCAUCCAAAGAAAUGAGAAACAUCAACCUGGGUCACCAGGGAUGCACUUCAUUGAGCAGCACCGGGAGAAGCUGAUAGACCGGACCAACAAUGUGGAGGGAGUCUUGGAUGCGCUUUAUGGGACCGUCAUAGAUUAUGCGCAAUACCAAAAAAUUCUCUCCAGGGACACCCCUCAGAAUAAAAUGCGGGAGCUCUAUAUGCUGGUGCCAAGCUGGAAUCGCUUCUGCAAGGAUCAGCUUUAUGAGGCAUUGAAGGACAAGCAGAAGUUCCUUAUUGAAGACCUUGAAGGGAGAUGAAGCCACAAAUGACCAAAUGAAGCCACAAAUGAUACUGCCAAAUGCCUGUCCUGUUGUGGCCUCAGUGCUUUUGUUCUUAUUCAUGAACUUAAUGGGACACAAAGCACAAAUGUUGUGAAUCUGCACAGAACAGCAGUUGCUAUUGCCUGACCUGCAUUGUCUUGCUUUCUUGGCUUUGAUGCUCUUGAAGAGCCAUGGGGCCACAAAAGGAAAGUGCUAUUUCCCAGAAAUCCAGAUGCAUAUCCAGAAUGAUUUCAAUGCUUCCACUUGUAUUUUACAGAAAGACAGAAUCUGCAGGAAGUUGUGUUUGCUGCUCAGCCCAAAGUCAUUUCCUGUUCAAAAAAAGCCUCUGCUGAGCCAGUAUGUUGGUUUGUGCAUUGGGUUACGAUUAUGAACUCCAGGGUUUGAAUCCCCCCUUUCACUCAGCCAUGGAAAGCCAGCGGGUGACCAUGGGCAAGUCACAGUCUCUCAGCCUCAGAAGAAGGCAAAGUCAACCCCCCUCUCAACAAACCUUGCCAAGAAAACCUAGUGACAGAUUCAUCCUAGGGUUGCCAUAAGUUGGAAACAACUUGAUGGCACAUAACCAAAGGGAUUAAAAUGGUCUGGGAGAAAGAGGGAAAUAUGCUAAAAAUGUAUUCUCACACAGCCUAGGAGCAUUCUGGGACUUUCCCACCAGACAUUGGGGGAAGUCUAAAGACAUUGCAGACCAUACUUUCCUCACCAACUGGAGAAAAGUUAUAGUUUAGAGAAAAGCUAUAAUUUGGCUUGUUCUCAUGUGGCUUCAUCCCUCCAUACAGUUGGUGUCAGAAAUAACGUGAAUUCGAACCACCCAGUGCGGAAGACCCCCAGUUCCAGACUCAUCUGAUAAGGGCUAGUUUAGGCAUCUUGGCCUCCAGAGAGUCCUGGCCUGAUCGGUUCUAGAAACCAUUUGUUUGCCUUCUUGGCUGUCCAUGGUUUUCUUAGUACUUUUCUCCAGUUGUUGUUGUUAACUGCCUUUGGUUGGACCUUGAAGCAGCUUUCUAUCCUGGUUCUAUGGUGACCUCUAGGGACAAAUGCCCGACAUUGUUGUGUGCAAGUCCUAUAACUCCUACUUGUUUCCGUGGGUGGACAGGGCUUAGUUAAAUUAUUUAAUGCAACAGCUGAAAGAAGGAAACUCUUUGGUAUCCAGUGUCCCAGCAAAGGAUAUCACAGUGACAGGCAGCUCAUAACUAUAUCUGGCAUUUGUGGAUUUUUGGGAACAGGCAGAGUAAACUGAGUGGGUGUACUAAGUGUGUGUGUGUGGGAUGGGAAAUGACUUGGGGGAUUAUCUAUCUUUCCAUGGCAUAAAAUUGGGUUAUAAGAAAUUAUGAGGUGGUAAAUCCCCACCUUGACUAAAGCUUCAGCUUGCAAAUGUGGGUUCAUAUAACUCAUUGCACAUCUACAUCCUGAAAUAAAAUACAGCAGUCCCUCCAUAUUCACUGGGGUUAGGGUUGAAGGGCCCCCGUCAAUAUAGGAAAACCACAAAUAAAAAAAACAACAACAUUAUUCUUUUUACCUGGGAGAAUACCUCUCUAGGAAU